CACAGACUUCAUUCAAAAGUGAGCAGCACAAGCGAGUAGACGAACUUUUCUAAAGAGCUCUACGCAAACAGUAAAAGAACAUAACGUAAACGUUGAGUUUAAAUAGCGACGUCUUCAAGAAACAAAAAAUAGAAAGAAAUCAAGAAAAUCAAAUAAAAAAUAAAAUAAAAAGUCGUAAAGAAUAUGUUAGAAACGCAGCAAGGAUAACAUGAAUAUAUGUAUUUCUAUAAAGAAAAUCGAAAACAAAAUUUAUAUGAAUUAUAAGAAGUUUGCAAGCAUUAUUAGAAAGUAAAAAUAAAAUUGAUUUGGAAAGUGUAUAAACAAACAAUUGAUAAGUGCGCUUGAACUUUACAACAGCAAGCUAAAGCGUUUAGUAUUUUUUUUACAAGAAAAUAUUUAUUUAAUAUAAAAAAACUUAGCACAAAAAAAGAUUUGUUUGUAAGCAUUGCUUGUACAAGAGAAAUUUACGCAAUUAACACUUCAGUGCCUUUGAGAGAAGAAAUUAAAAAUUUAGAAGGAAAAAUGAAAGAUUUUGGCAAUAUAUUCUCUCGCCGUUAUAGCGCGGUUAAUGCACAAGAUGCAGAACAGCAACAACAACAAUUAACAGCGAAUAUGCAAACGUCCAUGACAGCCUUGGCGACGACGACAGGACCUUACGCAACAGUGUGUACGAGUAGCUCGUCGUCGCGCAACGCUGAAAAGCAACAGAAUAAAAGUUUGAAAGCCAAUCGUAAAAUGAAUCCUGCCGGUGUUCUUAGCUCGUUCUUUAACGAACGGAAAAGCAAUAAGAGAGCGCGAUCGCCAAAAUGCGCCUUUUUACUACUCGCCCUUGGCGUAUUAGCCAUCACAACGGCUGUGCUAGUGAAAAUCUUUCAACCAUAUGAUUUGAUCUUCAAAUGGAAAUUACAAAUGUCGGAAGAUGGCGAAAUCUUUAAUUUGUGGGCCAAACCACCGGUAGAUCUGUACAUAAAGAUCUAUCUGUUUAAUAUAACGAAUGCGGAGGCGUUUCUGGCGGGACGUGAGAAAAUGAAUGUGGAACAAGUUGGCCCAUAUGUUUACAAAGAAAUCAUGACCCACGAAAAUAUCACAUUCAAUGCCAAUAACACAAUGUCAACAACACCCAGUCAUCCCUUGGUGUGGCAGGAACAUAUGUCUGAGGGAAAUAAAGAAGACGAUCAGGUUGUGAUGCUGAAUAUAGCAAUGUUGGCCAUUUCUCAUUUAACUGCCGACAAGCCAUUAUUCCUACGCAUGGGCUUGCGUACAUUAUUCGCCACAUCGAAAUCACAGCCGCUGGUACGCAUGACUGCCAAGGAAUUUAUGUUCGGCUAUUCCUCAUCGCUGACCACCUUGGGAAAUACGUUCUUUUCGAAGUGGAUAUCUUUCGAGAAAGUGGGACUAAUUGAUCGGAUGUACGACUUUAGCACCGACUAUGAAACAUUCUACACUGGCGCAACAAAUGCCGGCAUUUCGGGUCUCUAUGCCACAUAUCGUGGCAGUACCAAUUUGCCACAAUGGGAUGGUGAACACUGCAGUAAUAUUGAACUCGCUUCGGAUGGCACCAAAUUCAAGAGUUUCAUACAACCCAACGAAACUAUUAAGUUCUUUAGGAAAAGCAUGUGCAGGCCUAUUAAUUUGUAUCGCACUGGUGAACCACAAACUCACGGCAGUCUCACCGGCUAUAAAUAUGUUUUUGAAGAGAACGCUUUCGACAAUGGCGCCACCAAUGAGGCAAACAAGUGCUUUUGUAGAAAGGGCAAAUGUCAACCACGUGGUCUCAUCGAUGUUACCGACUGUUAUUACGGCUUCCCGAUUUCUCUAAGUUAUCCACACUUCAUGCACGGCGAUACUGGGCUUUUGGAUAAUAUUACCGGCAUGCAGCCGGAUGAGCAAAAAUUCGCCUCUGCAUUUGUUAUACAACCGCAAUCCGGCCUGCCGCUCUCCAUUUCCGCCAAAGUACAAAUCAAUAUGCAUUUCGAUGAUUUGAGCACCUUCAGACAAGUCAGCCGUUUCAGUCACUUAACAGUGCCCAUGCUGUGGUUUGAUAUUAUGAUGCCCGAAUUGCCCGAAUCACUCGACUCUCGCUUCAAUUUUUAUCUCAACAUCUUGCCCUACCUCGACAUACUCGGCUACUGGGGCAGUCUGGCGCUUGGUGUUGCUCUCCUAGUUUACGCCGUUACACGCGCCACACUGCGUAUGUCAAAUAUAGCACAAAUGAAUCAAAUAUCCGAUGGUAAAUACAAUAAAGUGAACAUUUUGCGUGGCGUCAGCAACGUGCAUGAUGUCUACAAGCCAUGCGAAAUGAAGUUACUGCAUCAAAAUGAGAAGAGUCCACAAAUGCAUGAGAGUAACAUUAUUACGCGUCACGAUGAUAUGGAUAUGGAAGCGAGUGCGGAUUUGUUGUAUAAAGAAUUGGCAGCAACACAGCAAAGACAGGGCUCAUUCGCUUUAGACUUGGAACCAGCGAUAUCUGGCUCGGAGAGUGGUGAUGAUGAUUUUGAGAGUAAUUCGUCGUCAUCUUCAUUGCUGUGCAGUCACAAUUCGGCCACAUGUCCUUGUUUGUUGGCGCAAAGACAAAGUGUUGCGAACGAGACGGAGUCGGAUGAAUGCACAGGCAGCUUGAGCAGUGGCGGCGAUGCGGAGCACUCGACGAAUGAGACUUUCGCAACACAUGUAGAUAAUCAAAUAAAAACGAACAAUGCGCUUAGCAUAGGUGCCAAAACGGCAACUAAUCACACGAUAAUUAACACCAACAAAAGUAUCGAACAGGCUAUCGAUAACAGCCAUAGCGGAAGCAGCCGUCAAAAUGUCAACACAGAAAAUACAAUGCAAAUCGUGUGAAUUCUGCUUGUGUAAAACGCACGCGUGUUAAAUAUGUAAUUGAUAAUAACACAUAAACUACAACAUUACGGUUGAGUGUUUAUGUUUAUUAUUAUUUUCUAGUGUAUGUACCUUCGAUAUAUUCAUUAUGUGCUCCAUUAUUGUAUAAAGUAGGCUUAUAAGGCGCAUUAAGGCUCUUUCAUUCUUAUGUGAAAUAUUGCUUUUCCCACACAGCAUGCCUCAUAAUUUUUAUUAGAAUGUGAGUAUUUAUAAAAAAAAAACAGCGAAUUUUCGUGCAUGCAAUAUGCAGUAGCAGUGAAUCUUGCAAAUUUAAAACUGUUUAUCAGCUGUGAUAACAAAAAAAGGAAAUGCUUGCAUAUGCGUGUAUACAUAGAAAAAAUGUGUUAAGUACAGAAGAAGAAGCAAAGAAGAGCAUAAAACCUGUGUAUGCAUACAAAUGUAUGCAUUAAGCAAACUGCUAAGCGCAUUGAAUGUACUCGUAUUCGCACAUACAUACGUUAUAAAAUAAAAAAUUAAAAAAAUUACACAUUUACAUAUAGUUAUUAAGUAAUACCACCUCCAUGAGGUGCACGUAAACCAAAACUAUUUCAUUAAGUUUAUAUACGAUUUAUAUGUAGUACAUAUUUACACAUUUUUAUACUCAAUAUUCAUGCCUUCUAUGGAAUUUUAAUUGUAUUGUAUGCUGAAAACAUAUAAAUAAAAGUUCAAAAAUGAAAAAUGCGUGUUGAGCUGUAUAGUGCUAUUAGAAUUUAAUGCAAACACACUUUUUAAUUAAAGAAAAAAAAACGAAUUUUACAUUAAAUGAAGUUCAAUUUAUGUGUACAAAACGUAAAUAUGUAAUUGAAUGAAACGAAAUUAAACAUUAUUAUUAACUUAUAAGAAAGCAUAUUCGCGCUGUGAUUUGUAGUAGAAUGUAGAAAUAAUAUUAGACACAUUGUUCUUUCUUUUUUCUAUUUCAUUUUACAAGUGUGAAUUUACAUACAUAGUUUUUCUUAUACAUUUUUUUAUUAUUAUUUAUCCAAAAAUAUUAUUAAUUUCUGCACUGCAUGCAUAUGUACAUAUGUGUGUGUGUUUUAAAGUGUUUUCAUAUUUUAAGGUUGUGGUUUUAUUGGGGUUACAUACAAACAAUGUAAUUUACAGAGAACAAAAACUUUACAAUUAUCUAAUGAAAACAUAUUUUUAACAGUGUAUUUUUUAUACUCAAAUGCUUUAAAAUAAGGCAUUGGCAUUUUAGAUUUUAAAGAUCCCCUCUUAAGCAUUUUUACAAAUAUAUGUAGUUAUUGUACAUAUUGUAUACGUGUAUAUUGUACAAUACAAUUUAUGAGGGUAAAAAUAGAGAUUAUUAUAUAUCAUAAAUAUACACAUAAAUACAUAUAUACAAAUAUGGUUGGUAAAAUGUAAAUUAUAAAUAAAUAUUUUGAAAUGAAUAUGUA